UCGUCCAAGCGGAUAUUGGGCUCUCCAUUCAAGUCCCCGCAGCAGGACUCUUCCCAUUCCAAGAAUAGUGCCGGUCUCCAGCAUGAAAAUGACUCAUUUGUGGAAGAAAGUCCUACACCAAUACGACCUAACUCUAUAGGACAAGACGACGACAAUUCAAGCAAACAGGCCCUGUUCCAGUCCCCUGGUGGCCCAGAAUCUGGUGGUGAAGAGAUUGACUGCUCGUGUCCCAUGUGUGGCGAAUCCAUGGUCAAUUUGUACCAAUUGAACCGUCAUAUUGACGAUGCCCAUGGUGUGGAGACUACAGACUCCACCAAUGCCAUCACCAAGCUCAUGAAGAACGACUUCAUCAACAACGACAUCAAGAAGUGGUUUUCCAGUAAGAUCGUCGAUUCCCCCACUCCUGUGAGCCCCCUGAAGCGCAAGAGUCUUAAUCUUGAUCUCUUCGAUAACAAUAAAGGGUUUGGACUUAGCGAUGGCGAGGUGCUGGAAGUCAGUCUGAUUCAGCACGCAAGGUCCCAGAGCUCUUCUCCCAGCAAAUACAAGAACAGAAUUAUACGGUCCCACUGGAAGCUCCCGUCGUCGACUUCCAGGUGCUCGUAUCCAGGGUGUGACAAGACGUUGAACGUACGAAAUGGAAUAGUGAACUGCAGAAAAUGUGGCCAGUUGUUCUGCAACGACCAUACCCAUCACAAGAUCCGGUUGCGGAAUCCUGUCAAGACAGACGACGACAAUAUCCCCCAAUAUGACACCUCCAAAAAUGGAGUGUGGUCCCGGAGCUGUAUCUCGUGCUACAACAAUAAACCCGACCUCAGAGAAGGAACUGUGGUGAACAGUAAUGACUUGACCAAGCUCUUCAUCAAGAAAAGACAGGAAAAAGUGGACCAUCACGAGCUCGAACGCAGCAAGAUCAUCAAGAGGUUCAUUAAAUUAUCCAACACCCUAAUAGAGAAGCAGCUACAAGAGAAGCAGAGCCUCUGGUCCAGCUUGGCCUCGGCUUACACAAAGGACUUUGCCUUGUUUGACCACGAUGAUUGGGAUGACAACAGCAUCACUAACUGCACCAUUUGCCUUGUCAAGUUCAAUCUUCUCAUCAGAAAGCAUCACUGUCGCCUUUGUGGCAAGAUUGUGUGUGAUGAUCCCCAAGGCAUGAGAAAGAAGUGUUCAAUUCUCGUGCCGUUGAGCAAGCUCUUGGAGAAAUUGCCAACCUUGAAUUACUCGUCAUUUAUCAAGGACAAUUUUGACACAGUGACCCAAGACGAGCUGGUCAGGUUCCGCUGCUGUGUCAAUUGCAAGAACUCGUUGUUGUAUGAAUACAAAAUCGAGCACCUCAAGAGUGAUGAUGAUAACGAAGUGUUGAAGAGGUACGAGAUUUUGUUGAUGAUGAAGAGCCAGGUGCAGAACUUGUAUCUGAGAUAUGAACAGUUACUCGGCGAUUCAUCCCUUGGUUCUGACGAAAACAUCAACAAAGUGAGGAACAAAUUGAUGAAAGCAUUGAAGGAUUUUGAAGGCGCCACCAUCACAUUCAAAAACGAAUUUUUUGCUCUCGUCGACAAUAAACUCCAGGUCAAGCAAGCACACCAAGGACAAAGCAGAUUGAUUAAUAACAUGUAUCAGAGUCUCAUAUUGUGCCUUCAGGAAGUAUUGAUGGAUUUCAAAACGGUGAACAAUAAAGUUCAGCAGCAAGAAGAGAAGAAGCUCAAGGAAGCCCAAGAAAAGUCGAAAAACCAAGUCAUGGGAGAGUUAGAAAAGGAAGGCUUAGUGCUGGCAGCAUCUGAACCCGAACGAGAUGCACCACGGCUUACCAAAAAGCAAAUUAGAGAAUUGAGGGAGCAGCUUAUGGUAAUGAAUGAGCAAAAGUUUUUGGUAGACAACAUGAUCCAGGACUUUACAAAGUUGAGAAAGUUUGACGAGCUAGACUCGCUCAUCAACAAUAAGAACGAAUUGAGUAGUAUGAUUGAGGAAUUGGAGAAACAAUUAGGUGAUUAUGGUUUUUGA